UCAAUAAACAAGUUGUACUGUACUACAAUAAUACCCCCCAAUACUCUUUCUUAUCACCACAGAAACCCAAAUUUUUGUUCAAAAAGGAAUCUCAAUUAAAUGCCAAUAAAUAAAAUAUACCAAACAACCAAUUUCUAACAAUUUUCCUUCCUCUCCUCCUCUCCUCCUCUCAAACAACACACACAAGAAGAGCCAAAGAACAAAUAAGAAACCAUGGAUCACGGUCACAUGCAUGACAUGUCUCCACCACCAUCAUCAUCAUCAUCAUCAUCAUCAUCGAUGAUGAACAAUGGAUCCAUGAACGGAGGAGGAGGACAACAUCACCGCAUGAUGAUGAUGCACAUGACUUUCUUUUGGGGCAAGAACACGGAGGUUCUCUUCUCCGGUUGGCCCGGAACAAGCUCCGGCAUGUACGCUCUUUGUCUCAUCUUCGUCUUCUUCCUCGCCGUUCUCACCGAAUGGCUUGCUCAUUCCUCUCUCCUCCGUACCGGUGAUUCGGCUAAUGGCGCCGCAGGGCUAAUCCAAACCGCCGUGUAUACCCUCCGUACCGGUCUAGCUUACCUAGUCAUGCUCGCCGUCAUGUCUUUUAACGCCGGUGUGUUUCUUGUCGCUCUCGCCGGUCAUGCCGUUGGUUUCAUGUCGUUCGGAAGCCGAACUUUUCGGAAUCCUUCCGAUGACAGGAAAACUAAUUAUGUUCCUCCCUCUGGUUGCGCUUGUUAAUGUUAAUAUUAUGUUAUAUGGAUUGAUCCAUGGUUUUUCUUUUAUAAUUAAAAGAUCUAGGGGUUGUAGUUUUCUUGAUUAUUUUCUGGAUUUGUUCUUGAGAGGUUCACAUGUGUGUGUGAGUAUGAGGAAGAGGAAUAUUUAAUAUUAUAUUUUCUUUAAUCUUUUGUUUUCCUGCUGGAUUGAUGGCGAAAGCUGAAAAUACCAAUUUACUACAUUUGGAUACAA